GUACUUGCUUAAUCACUCAACAAAUGUUGAGUGAUUUCUGCUUAAUACUAGAAACUGGGUGAUGCAGAGUGAGAGAACAGGAAGAAAAACAAAAUGAGGCAUCCAAAGCUAAGGGAACUUGCCGUGAUGGAGAGGUGGAUACAGAAACAACAAAGUACAGUAUGAAGAUAUAAUUAUUAUUGCUAUUUAAGAGAAUUGCUCUUAGAAGGGAAAGAAUCUUCUUUUGGUGACAACACAAAGUCUGUGAAAAUGCAGUGUGAUUGAAUAUAUGUUGAAAAAGGAAACCCUAUUGCCAGUUGUUUACCACUGAUCCGGCCGUUGGCUAGCAGAAGGAUGUGAGUUACCGAAAUGAACAGUGUAAACAUACGCAACUGAUCAUACUCACAAUAGGAAGAAAAAUCAUGCAACUUACUGUUUGCUUAUAAAGAUGCUACAGGGAAUGCGUGGUUGCUGGAGGAGGUCAUGGAGAGGACGUGACCAAAGGGUGACCCGUGGGCUGGACCUGGCUAAUGGGAGGCUCCUCAACCUCUCCCCUGUCUUGGGAAUGUUUGUUCUGCCUGCUGUGCAGGCAGUGGGAGCCAUUUUCAAGGAUGAAGCCUUGAGAGAGUAAGAUGUUGUUGGGACCAUCUGGACUGAAUACGUGACUGAACCCCCUUAAAACCUCUAUAUAAACUUUGGAGAUUCAGGCAGGUGCGUGCAGAGAUCUACUCAUCUUGCAGCGCCCAAGACAAGCCUCGCAGCUGGGAUGACGAGUUAGCUCAGAAGAGCAACCCUCGAGUGACUGUGAUGUAUCCAGCGGGUCUGAUUCACCCCCCACUGCUGGUCCAGGAGACAGCUUUCAUCUUCACCAUGUUCCUCAGCAUGAAUGCCACUGACAUGAGCCCCACAGGAAGUAUGACCUCAUUCUGCCUCUCAGCAGAACGGUUACUCAGGCUGUUUUUUAAAAGAAAACAAGAGCAGUUGUAGGCUGCCUUUCCCAAGAACUACGAGCUCUUCUAUUCUAGGAAACAGCCAAAAGAACAAGAGGCUGCCGAAGACAAAAUUUCUCUGCAACGGCCUGCACAGGGCAAUGUGUGCAGCCAUCUUUUAGGAGGAGGACAAGAGAUCUUCCAAGGAAUGCCAGAAAGUUCUCCUGAUUUCUCUUAAGGUCUCUGUAAGAAAAUCUGUGAAGUUUGAACAAGCAGCCUUCCCAAGAUGAACCGAAUAUCUCAACUGAUGUCAACACCAGUAGCAAAUUCUUCCCCGUCUGAGAAAGAAUACGCUGUAGAGCUGUCUCCCCCAUGCAUUUUCCCAAGUCCCUUUGACUGCUGCCCCAUAGAUCCCCUGACAGGCUCCCACCUUACCUGUCGUCGAAGUCCCAGACUCCUCACCAAUGGCUACUACAUCUGGACCGAAGACAGUUUUCUCUGCGACAAAGAUGGCAACACAACUCUGAGCCCCUCCCAGACCAGUGUCCUGUACAAGGAGAACUUAGUCAAAAUAUUUAGAAAGAAAAAGAGAAUCCGCCGUUCUUUUUCUUCUCUCUUCAACCUCAGUGCCUCUGAAUCUUGGCUGCAUGGAAACACCUUUGUUAAUGCUGACUCUUCCCCCAAUGAGGACGUCUGGUUGGAGGGGGUCAGGAGGCUGGAAACAAACCAUUGCAAUGAAAAUGGAGGUGGUUUGGACUGUUCACUGAUGGAUAACUGGAAGUCGGAGAAGCUAAAUGCAGAGUCUGUGAAAACCUCCUUUUCCAGCCAUGUCACCUCUCGGAGUCCCGGAGAAAACUCCCACAACCUGCCUCCUCGGUCCCAGUUCACAGCUUCUGAACCUUUCCAGGAAAACAUUUUGGAUCAUCCAAAAACCAGUUUGUUAGGAGAGGUCUCCUUUCAAGCAACUCUGUUUGCUGCAUGCUUAAUUAUCUCUGCCUGUGCAAGAUGGUUUCUGGGAGGAAUCAUAGCCAGUGUCUUCACAUGCUCCUUGGUGAUAACCAUUGCUUAUGUCGUCAAGUCAUUUCUUCUCAGCCUUGCCAACUCUUUCAAAGCCACCACCUGCACUUGGUUUUGCCAAAAUUUGACAACCAUUCAGGAGAGCCUCUGAUGAAUGUCUUCAAUCUGAAUAUCCAGAAAUUGUCCCAUUUGUAGUCUGCUUGGAAUCAACUGUUUUAUUGGAAAGAAUAAACAAGUGGAUAAUUGAGAAAAAAAUUUUUUAAUUUGGUUAUUUGGUUUAAAAAAAAAUCUCAGUUUUGGCCUCACAAUGAUAAUAUGCUCAUGAAAAUAAUAUUAAUUUGUCUUUCCUCUGCAAACACAAGCAGUUGAAAAGGAAAGGACUGGGAAAUGUGACAGAGAACAAACCACCUGGAUGCGUGUUCUCUUAUUAUACCUUAAGGCAGUGGUUCUCAAACAUUAAUUUUCUUUAGAGAAUUCUAUGAGGAGCUUAUAACAAUGCAGAUUCCUGGGCUGGCCUGCCUGUACCUAUCCCUUGCUGAACCGCUGCAGUUGAACAAAGAAAGGGAAUUCACAUAAUCAGCACCAACUUGAAAGUAAAUAAAUGUGGUUUGUACAUAAAAUAUAAUGUAGAAAACGUUUUCAGUUCUUCCCAAGGGAUGGCCUAAUAGAAGGUGGUGACAGUAGAUAAUGGUGGAUGGAAAACGGGCAGGAGAGAGCCAUUUUUCAGAAAGUUCUUCUUUCUAACCAGUUUCUUUACCAAGUUUUCAAUCAUCUUGGCACUCAUGAUUACCUUUCACUCAAACUUCAAUUCAAAUAAAGCUAUAACACACAAAAAAUACCUCAGGGGCAAAAUAAAGGCAAAACGCCGCAGUGCUUUGAAAUACACAAAAAUUGCACAGUUGCACUGAGGGAUUACAGGAGAUGUUCCUCUCCAUCCCUCCUGCUUGGUAUAUGUUCCCAAAUGUGGCCUGCGGUUCAAAUUUGUUUUGCAUGAUAUUCUGUGGCUGGAGAAUUGUGUGGAGAAAAUUGUCUUUGCUUAAAACGGUAAUGUCAAAAUAUCACUUUUUAUAUCAAUUGUACUUAGUGCCUUUUUGGUUGAAAAAGUUUUAUAGUAAUAAAUGGAGUCAUCAAUGA